GCUCCCUGUCAAGUAAUGUUUAACCACACGUCCUCUCGUGUGAGCUGUAUCAGGAUUUUGUAUUAGAGGCUUAAAUUAAUGAUCCGCCUGCCAGCGAGCCUCUCCAGAUUUGACCGUCCGACAGAGUCUGUUCAUGGAGAUGUGACUCCGGGCCUCCGUCCUCCAUGCCUGCUCCACCAGGCUUCACUCCACCGGUGCAGAAUGAGUCGAUGAACGCUCUGCGUAUCUCUGUCGGAGGCCUCCCUAUGUUGGCGUCCAUGGCCAACGCCACUGACCCUCGUUUCCGCCUUAAAUGGAAGCCCAUUGUGGCGGUGGCCUCGUUCCUGGCCCUGCUUCUGGUGCUCUUCCUGCACUUGACCUCUGGCUUGACCUCCCACCCUUACUACUUGCACAGUUGGAGGGCCGGUCACAGUGACACCCAGCAGUCUGAUUCCCGUUACAAUGACACCUACCCUCUCAGUCCACCUGAGCGCACGCCGCAGGGCACCCGCUACCGCUUUGGCGUGAUUGCCGACCUGGACAAAAGCUCCCGUAGUGACAAGAAGCUGACGUGGUUCAGCUACAUGCGGCGGGGUCAUCUGUCGGUGUCCCAAAGUGGCGACAAGGUAGCAGUGGAAUGGGAUGCGGACAGGGUGUUGCUGGAAAGCCACCUGUCGGAGAAGGGAAGGGGGAUGGAGCUGUCUGAGCUGGUGGUGUUCAAUGGGAAGCUCUACACCGUCGAUGACAGGACGGGCGUCAUCUACCACAUUGAUGGGGACAAGAUUGUGCCCUGGGUCAUCUUGCCCGAUGGCGACGGCAUGGUUGCCAAAGGGUUCAAGGCGGAGUGGCUGGCGGUGAAGGACAAACACCUGUACGUCGGCGGUCUGGGGAAAGAGUGGACCACCACCGAGGGCGAGUUCGUCAACAACAACCCAGAGUGGGUGAAAGUAGUGGGCUUCAGAGGGGACGUACAGCAUGAGAACUGGGUUCCCAUGUACAAAUCUCUCAAGGCCGCUGCAGGCAUAGAGCCUCCAGGCUAUCUCAUCCACGAGUCAACGGCGUGGAGCGACACCCUGCAGCGUUGGUUUUUCCUCCCUCGCCGUGCGAGCAAGGAGCGCUACGAGGAGACGGCGGACGAGCGUCGUGGGACAAACCUCGCCCUCAGCUGCUCGUCAGAAUUCAAGGACGUCAUCGUGAGCCGAGUGGGUCCGCUUAACCCCACUCGCGGGUUCUCCUCUUUCAAGUUCGUCCCAAACACAAACGACCGCAUCGUUCUGGCUCUCAAGUCGGAGGAGGACGGCGGAAAGAUUGCGAGCUACAUCAUGGCGUUCACGCUCGACGGACGCAUCCUGUUGCCUGAAACCAAGAUCGGGGAUGUGAAAUACGAGGGCUUGGAGUUCAUAUAAAGUGAGAGACGCGCUCUCGAGGCCACCGCACUGUUCUAUUCUGUUUACAAUCCAGUCACUGUUGAAGUUACUGCACUCGCUGCUUCCUCACCGAGACGCAAAUCCAACCGUUAAAGGUUUCAGUACAAGUGGAAGAACAAAAGGCUGAGACUGCAAGACGGGGUCCUGUUUUGAGAAAGUGCCAGUCAGCACAAACAAUGGCGGCAUGUCCGUGGAUCGUCUCCUUCCCACGACAAAUGUGGCCCUCAACAGUACUGUUGCCUUUCUUAUGAUGAAUGUACAAAUGAUUGAUUUAUCCGACUGUGAUUCAUUUUCCUAAAGUAUACAUGUCAAUGUCAAUGCACAUACUGUACACUCUCAAAAGGGUCCCCCCC